AUGAGUUUUUUUGAACUUUUCGAUAUUGUGGCUGGUGCAAGAAGAAAUACAGUUGAUAAUAAUAAUAAUAAUAAUAAUAAUAAUAAUGAACAUCAAAUAAAUAAUUCCAAUGAAAUUGAAUGCUCACAAGAACAAAAUCAAGAUCCAGAAAGUCAAGUUGGGUCAACAAUAUUAUCAAAUGACCAAAAAAGUUUAAAAGAUAGUGCUGAUAAUGGAUCAGAUUUAGUUUCCAAUGAUUCAAAAAUCAAUAGGACUGCUUCUGGUGCAAAAUUUCAAUUAAAUAUCAAUAAAAUAAAUAGAAAUAAUAGUAAUUCAAGUAAUAAUGGUUCUCCGAGAAAUAAUAAUAACAAUAAUAAUAAUAAUAAUGGUAGAAGUGGUAGUAUAUUAAGUGUGGUUGAAUCACCAAGAAAUAAAAUUUUAAUGGAUGGAUUAAUAGGGCCAUCAAUUAAUAAAGAACAAGAUGUAGAAAGAGAUGGUACAGAUUUGGAAGAAGGUGGUGAUUCAACAACCAAUGGUGCUGGUGGUGAUAAUGGUGAUGAUGAUCACGGUGAUGGUAAUAACGGUGAAAAGAAACCAAAAGAAUUAGAUUAUUAUAAUGAAUAUUAUACAGAAAAAGGUGAAUUGAAGCUAUUUGUAAAACCAAAGAAAUGGUGGCAAUUGGAUACAAUGUUUACAACAACGUCAUAUCUUUCAAAAUUAACAUUGAUUUCAAUACUUGUCACAGUGAUUGCGUGUGUAUAUUUAACAUUUUAUAUUGUAUUGGGUAAUAGAUUUGUAUUUGAUGAUAGUAAGCCCCGAUGGGGUCUAGCGGUCUCGAUUAUCGCCGGUGUAAUUAAUGAGCAAUUGUUAGUGACAAUUGCAUACUCUGUACUAACAUCACAAUUUGGUUUUAAAAAUACAAAAUGUGGCCUACCAGUUGCCUUACUAUUCUCAAUUGCAUCUGCUGUAUUCACAACCUGCGGUAGAGUGUAUGGAAUAACGGGUACUGCCGAUUUCAUACCAAAGUAUUUCCUCACACUUGGUAAUAUCAUCAUUGUAUCAUUCAUAGUUGGUUAUAAAUCGUUCAAGAGUAAAUUAUUUUGUUUAUGGGUAUCAUUGCCAUACAUUUCAAUGGGUGUCAUUUUAAUAGCAUAUGAUUAUUUCCUUAUUAAAUGGUAUAUUAAAGAUUCAACUGGUGAAUUUGAAAAAUCAGUAGUUAGAAUUGUAAUUCAUCCAGUUAUAACUGCAAUUUUACUUUUAAUAUCAAGAUUUUGUAUUAAUCAAUUGGCUUAUUUAAAACCAAGAUCUGUAAUCUCCUUAAUGUUAAUUCCAAUUUGUUUCAAUUCUUUCUACGGUAGAUUGUUUGGUAAUACUAUGGAUACUUUACAAGGUGUUGUAAUUUCAUCUUUAAUACUUUCAUUAUUAGAAAUUAUUUGGAAAUGUUCUUUAAGAGCUAGAGAUUCAUUUAUUGUUAGAUUUUUAUGUAGAUGUUCUGGAAAUGCAGCUGCUGUAAUGCAACAAAAUUUACCAUUAUAUACUGAAUAUCAAUCAUUUGAAAUGAUUUAUGAUUUAACUUCAACUUUUGUUUCAACAUAUAUGGUUUGUUGUUAUUUUUUUGUAUUUACAACAAAUUAUGGAGAUGAUAUUUCCAAACAAUUUAAAAUUAUGGCAAUUCAAUUGGCUUUCUCUGUUGUAACAGAAAUUUUAGUUGCCUAUGUAUCAUUAGCUUAUUUGAAAUUACCAAUUAUAAUUCCAUAUAAAAAAAGAAAAGAUGGUUUCAUAUUUAUUACUUGUUUCUCUUUUCUUUCUGUAAUUGCUUUCAUUACAAUUCGUAUCAUGAAUUUAUUACAUGAUCAAUGGAUUGUUUAA